GGGAUGUUCGAAGCAUAAGCGCCCGUGCUCACAGCUGCUGCGGGAGAGGAAAUUCUUAGGGAUGGGUUCAGGCUUAAUUUCCAGAGUCCUCGAAACAGGGGCGCAAAUUAUCUUUCCGUUACUGACCAAGCCAUCGUCGAAUAUCACCCUUGGGUAAUCAUGGCCGAAGGUAGGGGAACGUCCAAAGAUACUCCGGCUCAGGUAAGAGUGUCUAACGAAAUUCCUGACUACCUUUGUUUGCUUCAUGCACUAGCUCACUCGCUGAUUAUAUAGACAACCACCCAUGGUCCACCAUCUGGCAACAAUAGACGCCGUACAAGGACCGAAAGAAACGAUGAGAGCUCUUGCCAUUCACCAUCUACUUCUCAGAGAGCGAUGCAUGGAAUUUUGGGAGGUGUCACACGGGUGUGCUCCCAUUCAGCUCCCAAUAACUGGGUUUCCAGAGCUAUUAAUAAUAAUUGGACAGAUGUUGUCUGGGCGAAAGCCGGAGGAACCGAUACACUCAUCCUCAGACUCAAUAGAGAACCCGGCUAAGGCACGAGAUUCGCGACCACAAAAAGCCCAUGAAGCUUCGGCAACAAGGGCCGGUGCAGAGGCCCACGGUGCUCACGUUAAUAAUAGAGCCCAUAAAAGAGACACCGGAUACCUCCACGAGAUAAAACAGAGGGAUGUGCAAAUCGAGGAAUGUAAGGCGAAAUGCAUACGAUUACGCCAGGAAUCCGAGGCUCAGUCCCAACGUCUAGCAGAGGAAUCACGCCAACAUGAAAAGGAUCGUCAACAACAACAGGCCGCGUACGAAGACCAUCUGCAACAAUGUGAGACACAAAUUCGAAAGCUCAACAAAAUCCUUUCUCAGCUGUUGGAGGAUAAUGAGCAACUGCGGACUAUAGUUAUAGCGCGUCAAGAAAAUGCUCUCCAGUCGAUGGUGUCGAACAACGGACGGGCUCCUAAGGAGGACCGGGUUGUUAGGGAUGAGUUUACCAAAUUAGAUGGGAAGAUGCGCUCCUGGGCAAGAAAUUACGGUGUCAAGUCUCUCUCUGAUUUAGAGGGUGUCCCAGAUAAUGAGAAGGACAAGGUCAUUAAGGAGUUGGGCGAAUACUGUCGGGAACAGGAUUGGGCAUCGCUGAUGUGCAAAGUAUCGUUUUCCCCCGAUAAAGUCCCGGGAGUCCUUCUACAAGCCUUGUUAGCCAAGGAUGUGUUUGAGAGGAUUUUUGUGGACCCAUUCUUUGCCUUUGGUAAGAUCGGUGAUGAUAACACUCUCCCCGAGUCGGUAGAAUUGAACAGGAUUUACGGGUGCAUGAAACAGGGUAAGAAGAUCAUAGCACAGAAGCUCACCAAUGCUAACCGAAACUCCAACGCAGUUCAUGAGGCAGAAGCGCACACUUGGCGCUCACAGACAUUACGAAUUCUUUCCACUGCGACUGACCCGAACACCAAACCUAUCUUACAGGAGAGGAUUGAGGAGCUUAGCAGUGGGCUUGUGACAAACCUCCUCGGUAGUUCAGCCCGCACUCUUCUUCAAUCCCGAAAUACAGAGGAUGCCAAGAAAAUGAAUCAAGAGCUACAAUCGCUGUACGCCGGGGCUGCGCAUCUCGCAUUGUCGCUUUGGAGUCAGCCGACCUUUAUGGUCUGUAGGAGCCAGCAACAUCUGCCAGUCUUCACCAUCACCAAUCCAAUGAUGACUGCACACCGUUUGCAUCAUCUGGAUGAAGACGAUUGCAAAUUGGAUGGUAAACAGGUGCUCCUUGUUAUUCGACCGGUUGUCCUGGCCUUUGGUACGGUAAAUGCUGAGCACUAUGACCUAUCGAAGGUGUGGGCCCGAGCAACCGUGUUGGUAAAUGAAAAAUCUUGAGUAGUAUUUUCUUAUUAGAUCAAAGGAGUUUAGCACGUCAUUUUAAGUCAAUAAUGGGAGUUCAACCGUUCAGGGGUCUAUCAUAGGCAACGGAA